AUGUACGAAUCGACGAGUAUUGACUGGAAUAGAGCGGACCUGGCAGAGGGAAGGAAAUACCUCAUCGCGAAGGGAUUCCUGGGAGUCGACGUGGCUAAUACGCUGGCUAUGGGAGACAUAACCCUUGCAAUCUUGCCGUACAUACUCGAGCAGAUGAACGCACAACUACUGGCCGCCCUGUCCGAAAACACCGCGGCAAUACAGGACGUACUGAAGAUACUCCGUCACGAGCAGGAAGAAAUGGCGGGGGACGCGGAGAAUCUGAAGGACGCAGCAGUGAAUCUGACUAGGACAGUGGAAGAGCAGUGCAACGCGUUGCAGACAGCGGUCCAAAAGCUGGACACUCAGAUGGAGGAUCUUGUCUCAAAAGCCGACGCCGGCGCAGCACGAAUGGGCCACGCAACCAACGAUGGCCUCGCAACUCUGCAGGCAAUCCCCUCCUACGCCGAUGCUGCCCGACGCACUCCUAGCGCAACACUCUCAAAACACGCUGCAGCCAUUGCAUACACUCAUGCACGGGAGAAGCAAGUCACCCUGCGCAGCGACAACGCAAACGAGCCACCGACUUGGGCAAAACUCACGGACAAGGAAACGCUAGCAAAGAUAUGCCUCGCGUUGGACAAAGUCAAGGAAAUAGAAACCUCGGACGUCCCGGUCGAGGUGUACAAGCCACUUGGGACAUCAAGAACAAGGUCGGGACAACUGGUCAUUCACAUGUCCUCCACGGCUGCCGCAGAGUGGAUGAAGAUUCCGGCUCACAUGCGCCUCUUCCUCAGCGAGUUCAGUGCGACCGCAAAACAUCAACCGAAGAGCUACAUGGUUGUGGCUGACUUUGUGCCUGUAUCCUUCGAGCCGGAAACAGGACUCACCCAACUGGAGGAUGGGAACGGAUACAACAGCGGCGACUUUACCUCGGCGAAAUACAUCAAGGACCCGACCAGACGGAAAGACGGACAGUUGGUAGCUCAUGUCAUCUUGGGUCUCGCGACUGCAAAUGCAGCAAAUCGUGCGAUACGUCAUGGGCUAUUCAUUGAGGGGAAGAAAGUGACCUGUAGGAAGCUCCUCAGCGAGCCCGUCAGGUGCGUCAAAUGUCAGCUGUUCAACACUGGCCACGUAGCCAAGACGUGCAAGUCUGUACAUGAAACCUGUGCGAGAUGCGGAGAAAUGCAUCGCACCAGCGACUGCAAGGCAGAGGACACAAAUCGUGCCUGCUCAAACUGCCGCAUACAUGGAAAGUCACACAGAGGGCAUGGAGCCGCUGACCGAACCUGUCCGAUAUUUGCGACAACCUUACAGCGAUCCCUUCAGCGAAAUCCGGAUGCGCGUUACGCGUACUUCCCAACUCACGAUGACCCACUCUCAUGGGAGACUCUAGAUGCACCCGCCCCGGAUCUUGAGGAUCAAGCGGCAACUUUUCAGGGCGGAAACACGGCAGCCAAUCGCCCACAACCCACAGCCUUGCGCCCGGGAAUCCCAUCUCAAAGUGCAGCCUUCAAAGCAGCGGCAAUGACAGCGGCUGCCACAAGAUCCUUUGGUGGCAGAAAUCCAAACAACCCACCAGACAGGUACCGUCAGACGACGCUGAACUUCCAGCGCAUUGCCCCGCAGGAUGAUUUUGAGCAAAUGACGCCGGCACAGCCGAUGGAGCGACCAGCUAGGGGAUGGAGACAUGGGCCCGCCACAAUUCCCGCCACCGCAAUUAAGCAGACCUGUCCACCAGGGCAGCCAGGAGAACACACAAUGAAUCAGAACACACACUCCUACUGGCGUGGACGACGACUCAAUGUCUGGCAGCAAAACAUGAACAAGAAUCUCCUGGCGCAGAACCAAUUUGUGAAUACCAUCACACCAGACACGUACAACAUUGCUCUGAUUCAAGAACCCCAUAUCGACCAUCGAGGAGUCUCGCGAGCAAACUUACACUACACCACCAUAUACCCAACACCCCAUGCAACCUCGACAGGCGCUACCCGCUCUGUGAUUCUUGUCGCCAACACCAUCCCCUCGUCCAUAUGGUCCCAGAUCUCACUCCCCUCCCAUGACGUCACUGGUAUUGAACUGCGCCUCCCGGACGGAAUCCUACGCAUCAUCAACAUAUACAACGACUGUAAUCACAACAACUCCCUAGACGUCCUGGACGCAUUCCUCUCUGACCCACGUCAACGCAACCGCAACGGACACCCAAUACAGUACAUAUGGGCCGGCGACUUCAAUCGCCACCACCCACUGUGGGACAAAGACAGAAAUCAACAUCUGUUCACUGCGCGGAACGGGAUGCUUACAAACAAGUUACUGACCAUGCUUGGACGGUACAGGAUGUUCAUGGCUCUGCCAAAGGAUCUGCCAACCCUGCGUGCGCACCGAACAAAGAACCACACCCGGGUUGACAAUGUGUUCUGCUCAGACGCUCUUGUUCAAGCGUUCAUCCGCUGCACCACCAACCCAGGACAGCGCCCUAUAAACACUGACCACUUCCCAGUACAGUUCGCCAUCCAGGCUGAGAUUGGGUACGCAGAGUUCGUCCCGCGACCCAAUUGGCAUGCAGUUGAUUGGGAAGAGUUUCGCAAAACACUUUGCACCGCCCUGGAGGCCUGGCCGCAAAUCAAUAUAACCAAUGCGGCAGAUAUUGAGGAAGAGAUACGGCACAUUGACAAUGCACUGGAGAAGGCCAUAACCCAGCACGUACAGAUGACGAAGCCCUGCCCCAAUUCGAAGAGAUGGUGGACGAACGAGUUAUCCCAGUUGCGAAAGAAACUGCGGAAGGCACAGAGCUGCUCGUACACACACCGUCAUAUCCCUGACCACCCCAUACACGAAAAUAUGCGUACAGCAAGGAAGGCCUUUUCAACAGAGCUACAGCGCGUCAAGCGGGAUCACUGGCUGACAUGGCUAGACGCACUGACCCCAACAGAUGUGUGGAAUGUCCAGAGAAUGGUGGAGGGUCCACCAUCGGAUGGAGGGCGUGCGAGAAUCCCAGACCUGAUCACACGCACCAACGGGAGAAAUGUCAGGGCCACUACCAACAAGGAGAAGGCCAAAGCGCUGCAUAGGGAGUUCUUCCCGGACAAGACGGCACCAGCGCCGGCGGUCAACGAAGCAGCAUACCCCCAGGCGGCAUAUGAAUGGUCUCCACUCACUGAUGACAUCCUCUACCAAACGAUCAAGCGCCUCAAGCCAUACAAAGCCCGACAGCCAGGAUCCAUCCCAAAUUGCGUAUACAAAAACAAUGCCGACCUCCUUGUCCCAAGGCUGGGCGCCGUGUUUCGCGCUGGCGAUUGCUUCAAUUACUACCCGAAGGGCUGGAACUUGGUGCACUCACUUGUCCUCAGAAAACCUGGCAAAACAGACUACACAGCUGCCGCCAGCUUCCGACCCAUUGUCCUGUCCAAAGGACACGCAGGCCUCGAAAACGCCGCGCGGACCCUACAUAUCACCACCCAAGCAGAGCGAGCAGGAAUCCUACCAACAUCCCAGUUCGGAGCGCGCCCAGGCCGAUCGACAACAGAUGCAAUACACACAGUCGUCAAAGUCAUCAAGGAUGCGUGGAGGGCAGGAAAGGUGGCCAGCGUUCUGUGCAUGGAUGUAAAAGGUGCGUUUCCAAGCGUUGAUUUGGAAGUCUUGAUCCACGAGAUGCGGAUGGCUGGAGUCCCCAAAGAACACACAGACUGGAUGCGUCGACGAUACAAGGGCCGUCAGGCGGUCAUUGCGUUUGACGGAUUUGUAUCAGAGCCGUUCGAAGUGAAGAAUGGACUGGACCAAGGAGACCCACACUCGGGAAUUUCCUAUAUGAUCUACAAUGCAGGAUUGGCCAAAAUCCCGCAGCCAGAGAUGGGGGAACACGGAGUCACAUUUGUCGACGACGAAACAAUUGUGACCAUGGGGAAAUCAUUUCGUGACACACACAGGGCUCUUCGAGGACUUAUCCAAGGCCCCAAUGGCAUCGACAAGUGGGCAGCGGACCACAACGCCAUCUUUGGACCGGCAAAGUACCAAUUGCUCGAUGCAACACGGAAACGUGUGAAGGACACCUUCCGAACACGGAGGACCGCGCCCAUGCCACGACCGGACUUCAAGCUAGGCCAACACAUGAUUAAGUCCGCCAAAUCAGUGAAGCUCCUCGGCAUACACAUCGACCGGGAACUGCGAUGGAAGGAACAGAGAGCUGCAGCAGUAGGGAAAGGGAUGGUUUGGUUGACAACUGUGUCGAGACUGGCACGUCCGUCGAGGGGCAUACGCCCAGAGCAGAUCCGAAGAUUAUACCUGGCGACGUGUGUGCCAAGAAUGCUAUACGGAGCCGACGUGUUCCUCAAUGCUUCCACCUCCCGAGCCCGUCGUUCCGCUACGCGAGAUAUCCUCCCCAAACUACGAUCAAUACAACGAAAAGCGGCUAUCCUUAUCACCGGUGCCCUAUCCUCCACGCCAACCGACACCCUUGAUGCGCACGCGAACUUACUACCCGUCCACCACCUAGUUACAAAAACACGGCAUCGAGCCAUUGCACGCCUCGCUACGCUGCCCAUGGCGCACCCACUCAACAAAGCCGUCACAAACGCAGGGAUGCGUUAUGUCCAGAAGCACCAAACCCCCCUACACGAACUCACCAAUGAAUUUGACAUACAUGCAGAGAAGAUGGAGAAGAUAUCGGCAGUUCGAUUCGGAUUGGGCUGGAAAUCACGCACGGCCAUUGAGAUACGGAGCUCGAAGGAGGAAGCUAUCAAGGGGGAGGCGGACGAUAACACCAGAUGGAAGGUAUACACGGAUGGAUCGGGAAUUGACGGCUAUAUAGGGGCAGCUGCAGUGCUAUACGACGGCGACACGGAAAUGGCAACAGCACGGAAGCGCUUGGGCACCAGCGAGGAGCAUACGGUCUACGAGGGUGAAGGACUAGGCCUCAAUCUGGCGGUGGGGCUGCUGCGCGAGCAUGCGUCAAACGGCAUCACAGGGCAGGUGGCUAUCUACGCAGACAACACGGCUGCCAUCACGGCCACGCAGAGCCGGGAAUCGACCCCCUCGCACUAUAUAUGGGAUGCCCUACACACUGCUAUUGACGACCUACUUAGCACCGAACCCGACAUUGACAUAACCUUCAAGUGGGCGCCGGGACACUGCAAUAUUCAUGGGAACGAACGUGCGGACGAACUCGCUAGGAGAGCCGCGCAGAAGCGAUGCACCCCAGCCGCGACUACCAAACGGGACAUGCGACUACCAAAUAUCCUGCGAGGAACGCUCCCGCUCAGUAAAUCGGCCCUCAUCCAAGCCAAUACUGCGAAAAUCAAAGCGGCGACACAAAGCGAAUGGAGAGCCUCACCGCGUUACGCCAAAACGAAAUAUGUCCUCCCAAAAGCUCUUUCGGGCGGCUUCCUCGCAUUAGUCUCCGAGUCCCCCCGCAAACUCGUGUCAGUCCUAUUUCAACUCCGAUCCGGACAUUCCAUCCUUGCCCGGCACCUGUACAAGAUUGGCCGCGCCGCUUCACCCAUAUGCCCAUGCUGCAACCGCGACGAUGAAACUGUGGCACACUAUCUCCUACGCUGCCCUGCCCAUCACAACGCGCGACGCGAGCUUCACCGAUGCGUCGGUCGAAACGCUCGCAGCAUCAAAGCACUACUAUCCGAUCCUAACACUGUCCCACACCUCUUACGCUUUGUAUUGCGCACCCGCCGAUUCCAGACCGUAUUCGGAGACCUCCCCGAUGUGCACGAGCCCACCAACACUGCCUAA